AUGAUCGCAAAGACAGGGAAGCAGACGCCAGUCAACAAAAUCAUCAUAGUGGGCGCCGGCCCGUCAGGACUGCUGUUGGGCAUCCUUCUUGCCAAGAAGGGAAUCCAAGUCCAACUGCUUGAGGCAUCGCAUGAGUUGGACAAGAACCCUCGAGCGGCCCAUUACGCUCCGUCAGCAGUGUACGAGCUGAACCGUGCAGGCGUACUGGAAGAUGUCAAGCGAGACGGUAUUCACCCUGACGCUGUCUGCUGGCGGCAUCCCGAUACGACCUUUAUCGCGGGGAUUAAAAGCCGCUUUGACAUUGAGUUCCCGAUGGUUUGUCUGCCGCUCGAUCAACUGGAUGUUCUUCUGUUGAAGCAUUUCCUUGCCGCGCCCGGCACCGAGGUCCUGUGGAAGCACAAGGUCGUCUCCAUCGACCAGGACGAAAACGAGGCGCGCGUACACGUCGAGACUCCGGACGGGAAGAAGACCUUUGGUGCGGAUUAUGUCGUGGGAUGUGACGGUGCCAACAGUCAGAUCAGACGGUCGCUCUUCGGAGACUUGAAUUACCCCGGAGAGACGCUGCAGAAACAGAUCAUCGCCACCAAUGUCUACUAUGAUUUCAAGAAAUUCGGAUACUGGGAUUCAAAUUUCAUCAUCGACGAGAACGACUGGUACAUGGCCGCACGGAUCACCAACGACGGGCUGUGGAGAGUGACCUAUGGUGACGAAUGGGGCCUUUCCAAUGAAGAAUACCUUGCUCGCCAGCCAGCGCGGUUCGAGAAGAUUUUGCCGGGCAAUCCUAAGCCAGGAGACUACAAGCUCGUCAGUGCCAGUCCGUAUAAGCUUCACCAACGGUGUGCCGAUUCAUUCCGAGUUGGAAGAUUUUUACUAGCCGCCGAUGCAGCCCACUUGUGCAAUCCAUUUGGAGGCCUCGGGCUGACCGGAGGUAUCGCCGACGUGGGAAGCUUGUUCGAUGCUCUGGCCGCAAUGAAGGACGGAAAAGCCGAUGACAGCAUCUUGGACAAAUACAGCGAGGUCCGGAGGGAGAAGUGGACGAAGAUCAUUGAUCCCAUGUCGAGAGCGAACUUCCGUCGUGUUUGUCUUGACGAAGCCGAAAACGAGAGGAAUGACUUUUGGGCUCUUUGCAAGAAGAUGGAAGAAGAUGAUGAGCUGGCGAAGCAGAUGGCGCAGGGGACAAACAUAUUGCGGGAGGACUUCCACGAGUAUCUGACUGCUGGAGCUGCGUGA